CUUCUCCCCAAUGGAUAAUCAAGGAGUCACGGCAGACCCUCAGCUGCAGCAGUUUAUCGAGAUCGAGUCUCAAAAGCAGAGGUUUCAGCAGCUAGUUCAUCAGAUGACAGAAGUGUGCUGGGAGAAGUGCAUGGAUAAGCCUGGUCCAAAGCUCGACUCCAGGACAGAGGUGUGUUUUGUAAACUGCGUGGAACGAUUCAUCGAUACAAGUCAAUUCAUCCUCAACAGACUAGAGCAAACUCAGAGGAGUAGAGGAACAUUCUCAGAGACCAUGACAGACUAGUAGAACUACAGCCACUUAUUGAGGAUUUGUCAUGCCAACAAAAACUGUGAGGCAACCGCUAUACAGGAUUCAGUUAAUUUAUCAAAGACAAAAGUGCCUCUUUUUGCUCUAUUAUUUUGAAGGCCAUGUAUUCGAAAUCAAAUGGAUGCAUGUGCAGUCCCAUAGAAAGCCCAACUUAUCAUACCAUCGAUAUAAUUGACAUUUCCCAGUUCUAAGAUUUUGGUAUGAAAAUUAGUACAUAU